AUGGAACAUGGCGACACUAUCCCCAACACGGUCGUACGCCGUUGGAUACACAUUAAAAUCGUGCUGGCGAAGGCUCGUCUUCAGCUCGUGUCGCAGGCGUAUGACCAUCCGUCAAGAUGGCGUCCGGCAGGCUCGAAUUGGACCUGAGCAUGGGCAUGCUCCUAAUAGGCUUAGCCGCGACUGCUAGCUUGUUUGGAGUGACUUUUUCCCAAGCUAUGUGGUACUAUAGACGUUACCCCCGGGAUAGGAAGAUCUUACAACUCCUAGUGACUACUGUCUGGGGGAUGGACGCCCUCAGCCUUGUCCUGUACUCCUCCUCUCUAUGGGACUAUCUCGUUAGAAAAAACCUGCAUUAUUUCGGUGGUCUAUCUAUACCAUGGAUGUCGAAUGCUCAAAUUGUAGUCAAUGCGAUUGCGAUUGCUAUCAUCCAGUCGUUCUACACUUACAGGAUAUGGACCUUGACAAGGCAGAAGGUCUUGACUGGUUUCCUCCUCGCGUUCGUGUCGGCAGACUUUGCUCUGGCACUGCUACUCUUCUUCAAAAGCAUCAAUACACAGUCUCUCGCUGACUACAUUCGGCUCACGCCGUUCGACAUAGCCAUGAGCUGCACCACAGCUACCACGGAUAUCAUACUGUGCGGUACGCUGGUCACGCUUCUUGCCAGGUCUCGGACGGGUUCCGCCGGGUCUGACCGAUUAAUCAAUCGUUUGCUGUUCUACACUAUCAAUACAGGGCUGGUCACCAGCAUGUGCGCCCUCACCUCGCUCAUUACCGUCUUGGUACUCCCCGAGGCAUCCGUCUAUGUGUUGUUCUACUACAUCGGUGCUCGCAUGUACACAGUGUCGCUCCUCGCAACUCUCAACGCUCGCGAACACCUGCGCAUACAAGCCGAGCAGUUGGGCGACGCCUCGAUACCUCGACUCACGAGGACGUCAAACAGCGUCUCCCGUCGCAGCGUGCGCGCCGUCGUGGACGCGAUGUCCCCCUCGAAGGAGAUCGUCGUCGCGAUCCAGCGUGACACGACCGUGACAUUCGAGGAGCGCUCCGAAGAGGACCUGCACGAUGCCCGUCGGCGCGGGCCCUACCGCUACCAGUCACAGUCCCCGACGGAGCCACGGAGCCCGAAGCUGGUCGCGCUUCUGACCAACAAUUCCUUGUCCCCACCGAAGCGGCGCGACUCGAUUGGCACCUCCAGCCUGCCCGACUCGCAGCUUGCCUCGUCAUCGUCCUCGGGCUCGGGCACGCGCGUCCAGGCACCGUCGGACUGGUCUUGAUGUAGUACUACCUGGUGUAUCAUAGACUUUGCUGCUUGCGGCUCUAGAUUUCGUCGCGCGCUAUCGCUCC